AAAAAAAAAAAAAAAAAGUGAAAUAGUGUUUAUGGUACUGUCUUGGGAUAUAUCGACAUACGUGAUAUAUGCAUUGUAAUAUGUAUAAUAUUGAUGAACUCUUGCCUAUACACAACCCUAGCUCAGACUCUCACUCUCCAGUGCUUUUCUGCAUCAGUUACUUGUCAACAGAGGAAACAAACAUAAGUAGGAGUAAUGGCUUCAGUAGAACAGGUCCAUGUACUCUUAACUAUUAUCUUUUUGUGUUUCAGAAGAGUCAACUUAAUAUAUAUAUUUUUAAAUAAUCUUUUUAAGAAAAAUCCCAUUCUUAGCCUGAAAAAUGUUUCCAAAAAACAAAAAGAUGGAACUAACAUGUUUCUGUGUUGUAAGGCUUUCUGCCUUCAAAAUAAAAGCUGAUUUUCAAAUUAGCCUCGUAGGCAUUUGUUUGUAAACCGCAUCCAUUUUAGAGAGGUUUGUUUCAUGUAAAGCGGCUAAUAAUUUAUUCUGCAAGUGAAUUCCAAUUCACCAUGUCUCGUUCUGUUCUGUGCAGACAGAAAAUGGAAAGUGAUGCUGCGAGCUCGUCUUCAGGAGGAAGUCCUCCCCCCAGACAUGAGCCGAGACAAACAGUUCCUCAGCACAGUUUCUAUUUAAACGCCAGCCCGCUUUAUGUCAAGCCCCCAAGAUUCCACCCACCCAGUUACCACAGCGUGACGCUCACUGGAGAACCCUACAGCGCUUUCAGUCCACCUGCUUUCUUUCCCAUGUUUGGUCCUGGUUACACCCAAGAGGGACCCCAAAAACGGAAAAGAACUACUGCGGACUCCCAGGAGAACGAUGCUUCUGCCAAACAGGCAGAAGACAGCAGUAACAGGAAGACAGUGGGCCUCCCCCACAUGGGUGUCCCUUUAGCGCCACGUUAUGUGUCCUCCACACCUUCCAAACCCAUCCCUGGGAUGAUUGACCUGAGCAGGCUGCAGCUACAUCACAGGUUACCAGGUGUACCUGUGCAGGUGAAGCAAGAGCCUCUCAGCCCGUCGCCUGUUUGGCCUCCUUCUCCUCUGCUUCUCCGCCCUCCUUACUACUCAUCACUCCCCCACAGCCUUCUCCCAUAUCCUUUCUUCACGCCCGGGCCUUUCAUGCACCUCCCCUCAGGAGCAUUCUACCCGAAGGAGGAGCCCCGCUCCGAUCAGGUCACUGGGGAGAAAGCUCCUCGCAAUGAAACGAGCAGCACAGAGAAGCUGGGCCUCAGCGUCCACGUGGAUGACAGCUACUACGUGGACGUCGGCGGGGAUCAGAAGCGGUGGAAGUGCCGGAUGUGCGAGAAGUCUUACACCUCCAAGUACAACCUGGUCACGCACAUCCUGGGUCACAAUGGCAUCAAGCCGCACGGGUGUCAUCUCUGUGGAAAGCUGUUCAAGCAGCUGAGCCACCUGCACACACACCUGCUCACACAUCAGGGCAUGAGGCCCCACAAGUGUCAGGUGUGCCACAAAGCCUUCACUCAGACCAGCCACCUGAAGAGACACAUGAUGCAGCACAGCGACGUGAAGCCAUACAGCUGCAGCGUUUGUGGAAGAGGCUUUGCAUAUCCAAGUGAGCUUCGUGCACAUGAGCUGAAGCAUGAAAAAGGGCAGGAGAAUGUGUGCGUGGAGUGUGGACUGGACUUCCCCACACUGGCUCAGCUGAAGAGGCACCUGACCGUCCAUCGUGGUCCCACUUUGUACAGAUGCACUGAGUGCCAAAAGACUUUCCAGUAUCCGAGUCAGCUUCAGAACCACAUGAUGAAACACAAAGACAUCAGACCGUACAUCUGCAGUGAGUGUGGGAUGGAGUUCAUCCAGUCACACCACCUCAAACAGCACACUCUCACUCACAAGGGGGUGAAGGAGCACAAGUGUCGCAUCUGCGGCCGGGAGUUCACCCUGCUGGCUAACAUGAAGCGCCACGUCCUCAUCCACACCAACAUCCGAGCCUACCAGUGCCACAUGUGCUUCAAGAGUUUUGUCCAAAAGCAAACUCUCAAGGCUCACAUGAUCGUGCACUCGGACAUCAAGCCUUACAAAUGCAAGCUUUGUGGGAAGGAAUUUAACAGAAUGCACAACCUGAUGGGCCACAUGCAUCUUCACUCAGACAGCAAACCCUUCAAGUGCCUGUACUGCCCCAGCAAGUUCACUCUGAAGGGAAACCUCACCAGACACAUGAAGGUCAAACAUGGAGUCAUGGACAGAGGGUUGGAUGAAAGAUUGUUUCAGCAGAGAGGAGGACUGUGCCUCUCCGGCUCGAUGGGGCUCCUCUCCCACUUCAGCCAAGAGGAGCCGUUCGACCUCUCGCAGAAGCCCGGCCUGCGCCUCUCCCAGUCUGACGGGGAGAGUGUCCCUGGAAGCUCCUGCCAGGAGGAGGAGGAUGAGGAGAGUUUGUACAGAAGAAGUCAGUACAGCCCUGAGGUGGACCAGCAGGAGACCGCAAGUGAGGAGCAGUACGUCUCUGAGAUGGAGGAGAAACGUCCUGAUGAACUGAGACCGAACAUGAUGCAGGAAGAAGAAAAGUGUUUAAGAGAGGAAAGAGUCGGAGAAGACGUAGAUCCCACAGAUAGCCAAGUGGAGCUUGAGCUGUGUGAUUCAAACACAAAGAGAGAAAAGCAAGAAGAAAGCACAACUCGUAUGCAAACAUGUGAGUUAGUUUCAGAAGAUUGUGAGCAAGAGCAGGUAGACCAAAGGAAACUGCAGCCAGACGUCCUUGAUACAGAUUCUGAGUAGAUCAUCUUGAGUUAAAAAUGGGAGAAAUUGUUCAUUUAAGCCACAAAAAGAGAUUUUUUUUUUGUUAUACAAGUUAAAAAAGAGUUUAUCAAAAAAAAGAAAACAUGGAAUUCUGUAAAAUAAAAUUGCGGUGAAGCAUUUUACUUUUUAAACGUGUCAUGUACUGAUUAAUGUCAUGGAAAAAGGGAUGAUGAGGAUUAAUAGGAGGAAUAAUUAUGCAGUAUUUUGUAAUUAAAAGUCAAAAAAUGUAUUUAAAGCGUUAUAUUUUGUAAUUUCCUUUACAGUGUUGACUCAAAUAUGCCUUUUUUAACUUUCUUUAAUCUUUGAUUAAAAAAAUGGAAAAGUAUUAUUGAUCAUUGAUUGCACAUGAUUUUAAAGUGAUUUUUUUUUCCUUUGUGGGAGUUUAAAACUGUGAACAUUUAAUUUACAAAAACAAAUGAACUGUGAUUUUAUUGUUUUAUUUCUGAAGUAUAAAUCUGUUUUCUUGUAUGUCUGCAUUAUGAUUAUGAUUCUUUUGACCAAAAAUAAAAGCUUGAACCUGCAGAGAGCCUCCUAUUCGUGUCUUCCAAACAACAAUCGUGCUUUUAAAAGACGAAUAAAAGCUUAGAUUUGAGUCGU